AAAUUACGCGCGAACUCUGAAUUAAAUUUCAAAAUGUCAAAAUCAAUAUUUCGGUGAUAUUUCUUAGUGUAUAUCUGUAUUGGGAUGAUGGAUGACGAUCGAUAUGAUCCGGAUGACAGAAGAAUCAUCACUCUUGCUGCAGAAGUUGCUGGUGCUGGAGAUGUUCGCAUUCCAGGGUUAUUGUUGCAACUCAAAGAGUACCUAGAUGCAACCCCUUCUGGAAGUAAGCAGAUUAAGCAGUUGAAGAAUGAUAUAUGGUCCUAUGAUUUACUCCCAGUGCUCAUCUUGGUGCUUAAACAGGACUAUACAAAAGUUGCUCAAGGAUGGAAUACAGCUGCUCAGUUAUCUAAAGUAGUGAGCCAGUGUUGUGUUGGAAUUGAACCCAGUGGGGAGAGUGAUUUCUAUGAUAAACUGCUUCCUGAUGCCAUAGAAAAUAUGUUAAUCCUUGCAUGGAGAAUUCAAGAAAAAUAUAUAGAAACAUCAGUGGCAACCAAGAGAAGCAAAGAACAGAUGCUAGAUGACUUUAAACUGGUUGCAGAUUCCUUACGUUACUUGUUUAGUGGUCAUACAUCUUUGACAGUGAAUGCUUUGAGCUCACCAUGGCUGCUACAGCUGCUGCUGACAGAUGAUGUAGAAACAGCUGUUGUAGUCAUCAGUAUAAUAAUAAGUGUAGUUAGAGUCAAUCUGUUGGCCCCAGUGACUGUAGAUAACAAGGUCCUACAUAAUAUAUUAGAUGAGCUUAUCUACAAACUCUCUGCUAGCAUGGAUGAAUCUGUAGGAAGUGCAAGUACAAAGUGCCUACUGACACUGUGUGAUGCCCAGGCUACUAUGAUAGAGAUACUGUGUAGCAGAUACAAAGGUCUGAGGCCAUUGUUAAGCAAGUGGACUGGCAAGGGAUUUGGAAGAGAUCUGAGGCAAUUACUGCUGUUAUUGGAUACAGGCAAUAAACAAAAGGCAGAUAUGGAGAGGCUGCAUAGAGCAGCUUGUACAAUACAAGCCAUGUUUAGAAGUUUCAAGACAAGAAAAAAGCUUAAUCGAGCUGAUAAAGCUAUGGGCAAACUACAGAAAUCAUUCAGGGCAAAACGUGAAAAGGCGGAAAAAGCGAGAGAAAUGCGAGCCAUGCAGCAAGAGCUGCAACACCUAUUGUUGCUAAGGAGGAAGAAGGCCAUGAGGGACCUGAGGAAUAAACAGCUGGAGGCAAUUAGGAUAUUACCAGCUGGUCAGAUGGACCAAUACCUUGAAAAAGAACAACAGAGAGCUGCAAUAAAAAUACAGGCACAAUUCCGGGGGUACAGACAAAGAAAGUCCAUAGGUAGUCCAAAUGCCAGGAAACGGGCCACAAAGAGAUUAAGAUCUGUGAUAAUUAUACAAAGGGCGGUUCGUAAAUGGUUAGAGAGAUUAAGAGUGAAGAGACGUGAGCCUCCCCCAUGGCAGAGACCACCAGGUCUGACUGAUGACAGGAGGGUAGAGUUACAGGCAAAAAUCUUAGAUUGGAGAGAAAAUCACCCAUUUCCCUCCAAGACUCGUCCCCAACAGGAAGAACUCCAUAACAAGGUGCAGGAUGCCAUUCGGAGCCAUAUCAGUCAGUGUAAGACCAUACGUAAACUUGAACAACGGAGAGAAGCUUUGCUGGCAAGGCUUGAAACAGAUGCUGAUCUUUUACUGAAUGCCCCCAGCCUAGUGGAUGCAAGUGAUAAAGACAUUGAACUGUAUACCAGUAGGUCAGCUCCUGUGGCUGCUAAAGCGAGACAGAAUCAUAUCAAUGAAAUAAAACUAUUGAACCAGCCUUGGUGGCGUAAACUGACAGAUGAAUAUCAGGAUGAUAUAUCAGGAGUUCAGGAUGAAGAGCAAAUUGUGUUUUGAGCGGAAAAUGUCUCAGAAAAUGGUGCACAGGGGUGCAUGAUGGUACAUGAUCUCAUCUAAGAAUAUACAUGUAUAACAAUGCUUUUUCUGUAGUUGGAUAUACAGACAGCGCUGCAGCUACAUGUAGGAUUCAUCCUUUCCCAAAACAGCAGGGGGAAAAGUUCUUUAAUUACCUCAAGAAUCUUCAUAUUUGUAUAUGGUUGAAGCCAAAGUGAUAACAGUUUGUGAAACCAAACAUAUUCCGUCCAUGUUAUACAAUAAAAUAGAGAAUCUGUUAAUU